UUUUAUAAAAGGUGGCCUUAAGACCGCCUAAGCUCUAUGCGUCAAAAAAUAAGCGACCAUUGCUUCGAAAUUGGGUCAUAACUUUCUUGGCAUAUGUUUUAUUUUAGUUAUCGUCAUAAAUAAAAACUAACCAGCUUUAUAAUAAAAUGGAGCCUUCAGACGUACCUGACACUUCUGCAACAAUACUAUAUGUUGGAAAUUUAGACAAAAGAGUAACAGAUGUAAUGAUGUUAAACAUAUUACGAGCAGGUUUGCCCCAUGUUAAAGACAAAAUUUUAUCAGCAAAAAUGUUUAGUACUGCUGAUAUUACUCAAGGUAUGGAAGGUUACUGUUUUAUACAAUUUCAAGACAACAACACUGCUUGUCAAGCUAUGACUUUUCUUAAUGGAAGGGACUUUUGUGGAAAAAAAGUAAAAGUGAAUUGGGCAACAAAUUCAACAAAUGGUGGUUUACCUAAAGUAAUUGGUUCUAGCAUAACAAUAUUUGUUGGAGACCUUGAUGAUGAUCUAACAGACAGUGAACUUCGCCAGGCCUUUGAGCCAUUUGGUGAAAUACUCAACGCUAAAGUAGUCAGAGAUGCAGCAACUGAAAAAAGUAAAAACUAUGGCUUUAUUUCUUUCACUAACAAACCAGAUGCAGAACGAGCAAUACGAGAUAUGCAUGGUGCAAUGUUAAAGCGUCGACCUAUCAAAACUAAUUGGGCCACUAGGAACCAAAAUUCAAAACCAAGUCAACUUGAUUAUGAUCAAGUUUUCAAAGAGGUUAGCGAGUCAAAUUGCACUGUGUAUGUUACUAAUCUUCCUGACAGAAUAUCAGAUGAAGUCUUAGUGAAACAUUUUGAAGAUUGUGGUAAGAUUGUUGGAACCCCACGUGUAUUUGAUGGAAAAAACUUUGCUUUUAUCAGAUUUGAAAGCCAUGCUGCUGCUACUACUGCUAUUGUUAAAGGAAAUGGUUCGGAACUAAAUGGUGCUAUUUUGAAGUGUUGGUGGGGAAAAGAUUCUGAAAGUCAUCAAGCUGGCGGUGACAGUUACCAUCAAAGGUUUCAACAACACCAACAAAGUCUACAGCCUACACCCAUUACUGAUCAACAAACUUAUGAACUUCAACAACAACAAAUGCAACAAUAUAUGUACAAUGUCUACUAUCAACAGCAAUAUUAUCAAUACUGGAUGCAACAAUAUCAACUAAUGCAACAGCAAGGUGUUCAAGCUACACCAGCAAAUUAUUAUUAUAAUCAACAACAACAACAGCAACAACCUUGUUACUCACCACAGCCAACUACUUUACAACCAGUACAGCAACCAGUAGGAAGCCCACCUUCUUACCAACAACCUAACCAGCAGUAGGAGUGUUUCUUUUUAAACAUGGAAAAACUAUAAAAUAUUAAGAAACUAAUAUUUCUUAUUAAUAUGUAAAUGGUGUCAAUAAAACUUCGAAUGAAAGUGUAAAUAGGAAAUGUUAGCCAAAA